AUGGAGGAAUUUAACAAGGAUUAUGGGACUUUUAUUUCUGAUUUUGAAAAGGCUGAGCAAGAACAAUUAGAAUAUCUUCGACUUUAUAAGCAAAUGACUCAAAGCCAAGAAAAUUGCGUCAAAAAUCAAAAACAUCUUUCCUAUCUUUUUAAGCAACUGCGGAAAGACUUUAAAAGUUUCUACCUUUCAACUAUCCUUGGCAGCAAUUUAAACAUUUCUCUUUUAAAUUCUGAUGAAAGGUACAAAUACAAAAAGGAAUACGAAUCUUUCAAAUUAUCUGUUACUUUUGUGAUUCUUGCCAUUUUUGUUUUGGCUUAUAUUCUGCCGCCGUUUAGGAUAAUUGAUGCACUCUGUAAUUUUCUCCUUGUUUGGUAUUAUUGCACUUUAACCAUCCGUGAAUCAAUUCUUCGUCUAAAUGGAUCUCGUAUUAAAGGUUGGUGGGUUUUGCAUCAUUACAUUUCUUGUGUACUUUGUGGAAUUACUUUAACUUGGAGAGAUGGAGAUUGUUAUGAUCAAUUUAGACAUGUUUUUAUUUAUUUUGUUUGUUAUAUUGGCUCUGUCCAAAUAAUUCAAUAUAAAUACCAGACUGGCUGUUUGCGACGAUUACAUGCUUUGGGACAACGUCACUGUAUGGAUGUAACUUUAGAAGGAUUUAGUAGUUGGAUGUUUAAAGGAUUGACUUUCCUUCUACCUUUUUUAAUUGUUGGAUAUGCUUUCCAAGGCUAUUGUUCAUACAGACUUUUUGACAUUUAUUUACAUAAAGAUUGUUCUCGUGAAUGGCAAGUAAUUGUUUUGGCUAUUAUGUUUGCAAUUAUUUUUAUUGGAAAUUCUGUUACUUUGGGUUAG